AUGGCGUUGCUCCUCGGGCUCAAUCAGAAGGAGGACGAGCCCCUCUCCCAUUUUGUGAACCGAUUUAUGACCCAAAUCCAUGGAUUGUCGGACGCUCACCCCUCUUUCUUGAUGCAGGCAUUCAUGAUAGGCCUCCGACCCUCCAAAUUCUUCUGGUCGCUCGUGGAGCGACCCCCCGUCGCGGUCCUCGAGAUGCUCCAGCGUGCUAGUCAGUUUAUCGCCGCGGAGACUUGGAUGGCUGGAAGGCGGGAGGAACACAAAAAGGUUAAGUCAGAGCCGCCCCGACAGCAACAACCCGCCGCCUCUCGGCGAAAGUUGGACAGAUCCGACCCAAGGCUUCCUCUUCCCGCCUUGAAUUCGUCCCGGACUGAAAUAUUCCUACACGAGAAGGGGAAAGGGCUGCUCAAGGACCCUCGCCCGAUGAGGAACCCACGGGAGCUCGCGGACCGAUCAAGAUAUUGCCGAUUUCAUCGGCAACACGGGCACAACACUAAGCAAUGCUACGAAUUGAAGAAGCAAAUCGAGGAGCUUAUCCUCAGAGGACACCUCAGCCAGUACCUCCGGCUGAACAAAGAACAGUCUCCUCGCCCAGAGGGCCCCGUCGAGCGGCACAUCGAUGUGAUAGCCGGGGGUCCCGCAUUAGGAGGAGGCUCUACGUCAGGCAGGAAGGCGUAUGCUCGAGCCGCCCCCGACGAAGCCUCGGGGCACGAGCCGGAGCCCGAGAUUACCUUCCCAACCGGUGCUGCCGAGCAACCCAACCACGACGACGCCCUGGUGAUAUCCGCCAGGGUAGCCAACGCACAUAUGAGGAGGAUCAUGGUCGACACAGGGAGCUCGGCCGACAUACUCUACUUCGACGCCUUUCAGAAGCUAGGCUUGGCCAGGAGAAACCUAAGCCCGAUGUGUUCGGCGCUUACCGGUUUCACGGGAGAUUCAAUAUCGCCCCUGGGGGCCAUUACUUUGCCCUUGACUCUGGGGACCCCGCCGAGGUCGAAGACGGUGAUAACCACUUUCCUGGUGGUUGACCUCCUUACCGCUUACAAUGCCAUACUAGGUCGGCCGACCCUCAACAAAGUCAGAGCGGUUGUCUCGACCUACUACCAGACCAUUAAAUUCCCGACUCACGAUGGAGUCGGGGAAGCCACAGGAAGCCCCCGAGAAUCCCGGCGGUGCUACCUUACCGCUGUAUCAUUGGGCAAGAAAACCAGGACCAAGUCACCCCUGGCAGAUCCGUGGGAAACGAAAAAACUGACUCCUCAUCCCCAUCCGACGGGGUCCACCGUCGACAUUCCCUUGAUAGAAGCCCGACUAGACCAGACCGUGAAGAUCGGAUCGGAACUACCUGAGCAAGAACGGAAGCAAUUCGUCGGUCUCCUACGGGAAAAUGCCGACGUCUUCGCCUGGUCCCCAUCGGACAUGACGGGCGUCGACACAGGGAUCGUGGAGCACCACCUCAACAUCCCACUUGACGCCCGCCCGGUAAAACAAAAGGCCUGGCGCCAGGCUCCUGACCGACAGCGUGCAAUACAAGAGGAGGUGGACCGGCUCCUAGCCGCGGGCUUCAUAGAAGAAACCAAAUAUCCUCAGUGGCUAUCCAAUUUAGUUCUCGUGAAGAAACACAAUGGAAACUGGAGAAUGUGUGUCGACUACACCAGUCUCAACGAUGCAUGCCCUAAAGACUGCUACCCCCUCCCGAAGAUCGACCAGCUGGUCGACGCAAUGGCCGGUCACGCGCGACUCUCUUUUAUGGACGCCUACUCAGGGUACAACCAGAUCAGGAUGGCGCCCGGAGACAGAGAGCACACGGCCUUCCUUACCAAUCAAGGCGUGUACUUCUACAAAGUCAUGUCGUUCGGGCUGAAAAAUGCUGGGGCCACAUACCAGAGAACGGUAAACAAGAUGUUCUCACAUCAAAUAGGGAGAAACAUGGAGGUCUACGUGGACGACAUGAUCGUGAAAAGCCAGGAGGCCGUAACACACGUAGCCGACCUGGCCGAGGCCUUCGCCACGCUACGCAAGUACGGCAUGCGGCUUAACCCCACAAAGUGCGCUUUCGAUGUCACAUCCGGGAAGUUCCUCAGGUUCAUCGUGCACGAGAGAGGAAUCGACGCUAACCCGGAGAAGGUUCAAGCUAUAAUCAACAUGCAGUCUCCCCGGACGGUUAAAGACCUGCAGCGACUUAACGAAAGAAUUGUCGCUCUGUCUCGCUUCCUCACCCGAUCGGGCGAUCGCUGCCUCCCAUUCUUCAAGGCGCUCAAGAGCCCGAAGAGCUUACAGUGGACACCAGAAUGCGAGGAAGCUUUCAAACAAAUAAAACAGCACAUGGCCAGCCUCCCCCGGCUCGCCUCCGUCUCUCCGGGCGAGAAGCUAGGCCUCUACCUGGCGGCCUCCCAGCAUGCAGUCAGCUCCAUCCUGGUCAAGGAAAGCUCCGGCCAACAACUCCCGAUCUACUACGUCAGCCACGUCCUAAGUGGACCUGAGGAGCGACGGCUCCUCAAAUGGGCAGUGGAGCUCGGCGAACAUGACAUAAGCUACUCGCCUAGGACCGCCAUCAAGGCUCAGGUGGUAGCGGACUUCAUUGCGGAGCUGACACAGCUGGAGAACGCAGAUUUCGAACAAGCCCCAGAAGCUUGGACCCUGCACGUUGAUGGCUCGGCGAACCCAAAGGGCGCCGGCGCAGGGCUGGUCCUCCUCGCCCCUGAUGGACGCUCGUUCGAGCGAUCCCUUCGGUUCGGAUUCAAAGCCACCAACAACGAGGCGGAGUACGAGGCGCUCCUGGCAGGGCUGAAGCUGGCCCUCGAGAUGCAGGUGGCCGCGAUACGCGUCCUCACCGACUCGCAACUUGUGGCCGAGCAGCUCAACGGCGGAUACGAGGUUCGGGACACGACCAUGGCGAAAUACCUGGCACGGGUAAGGGACCUAACCGCCAAGUUUCGCUAUUUCACACUAUCCAACGUUCCGAGGGAGGAGAACGAGCGGGCCGACGCACUAGCCAAGCUGGCGUCAAAACCGACCUCCGAAACAUGGCCAGAGAUCGAGGAGCUCCCUGCCCGCGUCGUCGAAAUAGCAACUACAGCCCCAAGCGGCGCGCCAACCACAUGGGUACAAGAGUUGCUGUGCUUCAAGCGAGAUGGAACCCUCCCCCUCGACGAAGUCGCGGCUCGGCGCCUGCGUCGCACGCACGCGUGGUACACCGUGGAGUGUGGUCGCCUCUACAAACGGUCCUUCACCUACCCCCUCCUGCGAUGCUUAGAGCCCGACGAAGCCCAGAUGGUCCUAACCGAAACCCAUGAGAGGGACGCCAAAGCCUACGUUCGGCGGUGCAGUUCGUGCCAGCAGCACGCCCGCGCACCCCGACAGCCCGCGGUCCCGCUCAGUCCCAUCGACUGCGCGUGGCCAUUCACGCAGUGGGGUUUGGACCUGCUCGGGCCCUUCCCACUAGCCUCCGGACAACGGAAGUACAUAAUUGUGGGGGUGGACUAUUUCACGAAGUGGGUCGAGGCCGAAUCGCUAGCAACAAUCACAGAACACCAAGUAGAGAAAUUCGUGUGGAAGAACCUUGUAACUCGGUUCGGGUUGCCAAAGGCCAUUAUCACGGACAAUGAACCUCAGUUUGCCGGCAGAAGAUUCCGGGAGUUCUGUGUCGAUAAUGGCAUCCAGCUGAAGUUCAGUUCGGUGGCCCAUCCUCAGACCAACGGGCUAGCGGAGGUAACCAACCGGUCCAUCCUGGAUGGACUCAAAAGAAGAGUGACGGCAGCCCGAUCGACCUGGACAGAUGAACUCCCCAGCGUGCUGUGA